GUGCGAAUACGUCAUCAAUUUGGUAUGCACGCAUUGCCUUGUGGUACAUCUGAUAACAGUAGUCGUUUAAUGCAGGUAUUGAGACUAAACCGGAAGUGGCCAUAUUCUUGAGUUUGAAAGAACAAAAUCGUUGAGUAGUAAUUUCGUUUAAGAGCAUAAAGAAACAGAUAAAGAAACGAAGUAUACUUUUCAGUCACACAUUUGAAUAGAAGAAAGUCGGAUGACAAUGGCAACAAAAUCUACUUGCUACAUCAUCAUUAGCAUGACAGUUUUUAUUAGCACAUGCUUAGCUGUGAUAGUAACUGUUAAUGACAUUGGAGAUAAGGUUGAAGGCUCUGAAACGAGAAUACAGUGUAACAUCAUUCGAAGUAGUUCAAAUAGUACAAAUGAUCCUAUUGUAACUUGGAAUAAUGUCACAAAUGAAGUAACUGAUCAAAUAGCACAAUACCAGAAUGGAGGCGGAUUAGUACAGCCUUCAUACAGCGAUAGAUUCAGUGUUGAUGCAGACACAACACUUGUGAUUACUAAUACCAGACGAAGCGACAGCGGCACAUAUCAGUGUAGUGUGUCUAUACUUGAUGAUCCUCCUUCACCUGCAUCUGCUGAUGUCACACUGAUUGUUAAAUAUUUAUACAAGCCUGUAUUGAGUUCCUUCACUACACCUGUGACUGAGGGUGACACAGUUGAGAUGUUAUGUUCUGCAGAUGCUAAUCCAUCACCUACUUACACAUUUUUAAAGGAUGGUGGUGAAGUACAACCACCAGGGGCUUCAUCUACAUUCAGGAUUCAAUCAGUGAGUCGUGACAAAGAUGGCAGUUAUGAGUGUAGGGCCAGUAACAGUGCGGGCACUGAAACAAGUGAAAGUAGAAUGCUGGAUGUACAAUAUCCUCCUGAAAUCACACCAUUAAGCAAUAUUGAAGUUUCACGUGGAGAGAGUGUUACGAUUAGCUUUGUUGUUGUUGCCAACCCAACUGCUACCUAUACUUGGAAUACAUUGCCAGCAACAACAGACACUGAUAACAACCCAGAAACAUACACAUUUACUGUGUCUGACACCAUUGGUGACAGUUAUACAGUAAAUUUGACAGCAAGCAACGAUGUUGGGACAACUCCAGAAUCGGUAAAAGUAACAGUUGUUGCCCGGAUUACUACCCUCAUGACAACUACAAAUGCGCUCACUACACUACCACCACCAGAUUCAUGUGGGGCAUUAUCUAUAGUGUCGGAAAGUCAUGGCAAUGUUGUGGACGGUGCAAUAUCAGCGCAGCCUGGAGAAGAUGUUACUGUAGAUUGCCGAUGUGGUGGAUCCUCUUCAGGUAACGGCUUUAAAUACGAGUGGACGCUAGAUGGUGAAAAUGCUGGAACAGAUUCUGAUAAAUUGUCCUUCAAAGCUGUAGUUGGUGGACAUGAUGUUGUAUGCAAGGGUACAGCGGGGGCACCUGAGCCAUCUGAGGUCAGCCUGAGUGUCAAUGUUGCUAAAAAGGAAAAACAAACAAGUGAUCCCUUGAGUACUGGAGCCAUUGUUGGCAUAGUCAUUGGAAUCAUUGUAGUGCUUGUUAUCUUGGCAGUUGUUAUAGUCAUUGUCUUAAAAGCAAGAGAGGAUGGACCAUCAAAUAAAUCAGCAGAUUCUGCUUAUAUGGAUGUCACAUGGGACACUAAAGACCCAAACCGUGUAAACCAAGGGAAGAAGACAGCGCCCCCAAUCAACGGGAACAGCAAACAAGAGGCAGCAAAGCUUCUUGAGUCUGACACUCCCAAGCCGUCCACUGCUGAGCCGGACCCAUAUGAGAAAUAUGACCGAUACGGUGAUGAGAGGGCGUACAGCAGGACAUCGUAUGGCGACGAUUAUAACGAUAAACCUGAUGAAGAUGACUAUGCCAAUUCUAUGCCUGUUACAGUUUAGUGCAUAGUAUUGUUAUUGCAUGAGAUGGUUCUGUGAUAUUUCUUUUGAUAUUAUGCAACAGUAUAAAAAUAGACUGCCCUGUGUCAAAGACUACUCUAUAAAUUUAGUAAAGCAUUUUAAUUAUACAGCAAAUGAUUUUGAUUUAAUAAGUUAUUUGAAAGAAACAUAAAAAUAGCACUUUAUGUUAGUACCUCAAUUUUAUAGAUUUUAUAUAUAAAAUAAUUUUUAAUGGGUUAAACCAAAGUACAGUAUAAUCAAAUUAAUGCACCAACAAGUACAACCUAAAAUGCAACACACAUUCCAAAAAAUAGAUUCUAUUCAAUAAUAACAUGAAAUACUUGACUUAAAUAAUGCGUAUACUAUGAUUAACAAUUAUGUCUUAAAAUUGUGCAUUAGAAAUUAUUAUUGUUAUUGAUAAGCUAUGACACAUGUGACCACCUACCAAAGCACUAUACUGACAAGUCAUAACUUUUAACCCAAGGAAGUACUUUGUAUGGUUGUGUUUAUUAACAUUUGCAUGUUGUGUAAUGAUCCAUUUUUCUUUUUUGUUUACUUAGUGCCUUUCACUCACUGGGGAUUUUCUUUUUCAUUUUAUUUUCUCCUUCAUUUCAUUUUCACCUUCAUUUUAUUUACUUUGUUUCAUUUUUCAGGUGCAGAAUCAGUUUUUCUAACUAAAUUUAUUUACAGUUGCUCAUUUAAACUCAAGCUAACAGGCAUCAACAACCUUAUUGCAAUUAUGCUAUUAACGAUCCCAAUAAAAAUUAGAAUCUGAAUAUCUACUCAAAAUUACGUAUUCUAAUGUUAUUAUUUACAAUUAUUUGCAAAGUAAAAAGAUGUGUGGUUUAGUACAUGAAUCGUGGUGGGUUUUUUUUGUGUUGUAACUUGUAUUAUUUAUUUGAUCAUUAAUUUUGGCUAACAUAAAGAGCACCACUUUUAGUUUUGUUUCAUAUUUUAUAUCUCCUAUGGUUUUGCAUCUUAAUAAGGAUUGCUUUGCUAAGAGGCUUGGCCUAUUAACGGGGUUUGGGCUUGUUAUGGAGGUUUGGCCUACUAAUGAGGUUUGGGCUUGUUAUCAAGGUUUGGCUUGCUAUCGAGGUUUGGCCUGCUAUUGAGAAGCAUGUAACUUGGUGUGGCAAUUCUAACAAAGUUGUUGAUCCUGUACCAACAUAUAUUUUAUAUUGCUUGUUCUUUUCUCAAGGUCUUGCUUUCAUGCAGUACUUCUUUCAGUAGUUCACUCAUUUUAAUUCAAAGGUGUUAAUUUUCUUCCAUGUUCAAAUAGUAAUAGUGAGGAUUUUAUUGCAUCUUAACGUAGUCCUAACAUCUAUAUGUCUGACGAUGGUUUGUUGAACAUUAUUAACUGGUAGUAUUCCAGUUUGAAUCUCAAUUGCUUGUUUAUUACUGUUUACAAUUGAACAAUAUAUUAAUCAGUGAACAUGCAUUAUUAUAGACAUGUUACUGUUGUGCAAGUUAUAGAUCAUUUUUAAUGAUACCUGUGGUCUCUGAAAUACCUGCUUUAUCAUGAAUAGUGUUUUGGUGGGGGUUCUUUUCUGUACCCCAGGAUUCAAAUCAUAUUGUCCCUAAGUUUUCUCCAAUGUAGGUUGAAAUGUUAGUUUGUGCUGUGUACAUCCUAUACUUUCAUUUAACAUGACGUAACGGUGUAGUUUAUGUAUAAUGUGUGUAACAUGUUCUAUCUUUUUGUGUUUUAUUACGAUUUAAAUGUAUGGAUGGAUGGAUGUAAAUACCUGUGAUUUUUAUAUGUAGGUAUGUUAUGAUAUCAUCAUGCACAUAUUUGGGCAGUUCACAAAUAUUUGUUUUAGAACACUUAAAAAGCUUUUGUUAUAGGAGACCCUAAGUACAGGUGGUCUGUUGGCAGGUGGCCUAAUGAGAGGCUGUCUUAUUAACAGGUGGUCAUGCUGAUGAACCAUUCAAUAUCAAAUGAAAUGUGUGUAUUGUGGAGUAUUAAAUUGGACAAAGUCAAACCUAAUUUCUGUCCAGAUUAUCAAAUUUUCUUUGACAAAAAUCUGUAGUAUACCCAUAUAUAGUCAUGAUAUGCCUAUAUAUGGUCAUGAUGGGAUGUCAUCAUGACCAUAUUUAGGCAUGUCACAUGUGUUUGUCAAAUACAAUUUGAUAGUCUGGACAGGGCUUAGGGUAAUGUACACACAGCAGUAAAAAUGCACCUUAUUGUGAGGGUCUGAUUGAGAAAAAGAUGGUUUUCAGUUUGAAUUAGUGAUCAUCAUGUUGAAUAUAAAUAAAUAUGUAUAUUUCUUUCCUAGUUAGCAAUGUGAUUGUUGAACAAACGUCCAUUGAUAAUCCAUUGCAACAAUUGCAAAAGUGAUUGCAGGAAAAAUGUAAAAAUAUUAACGUUAUUUAUUAUUGUCCUUGAUUUUAUGUGUAAUUAUAACUCAUGUACACAUGUAAUUUACACUCAUUAAUAUUUAACACUCACUUCCUGUGCCUUUAUGAAAGCCAAAUUAGUAUUGCACACCUUAUAGUUUUAUAAUCAUAAUAAUUUUUUAAUGAAUUUAUUGAAUGUAUUUUUGUAGAGUUGUAAAGUAUCAAAUGGAAGCUAAGGCAGUUAUCAUUUGCAAUAUGAAUGUAAUGAAUUAUAUGAGCAAUAAGAGAACAGUAAGAGAAGCAUACAGAGAUAGGUUGCCACAGAAACCCAGUCACAUGUAAUCUACAGAGGGAAGACUACCCCAGGACCCCAGUCACAUAUGGUGUACAAAGAGGUAGGCUGCCCCAAAGCCACAUUUACAUUCAUUCCCCAGGGCCCUAUUCACAUAGGCUAGUCCAGGGCUCCAGUAACAUGUGAUAUACAAAGAAAUAGGUUGCCCCAGUAACAUGUCAUAUACAGACCGUAGGCUGCCCCAUAUUCCUCAUCAUGUAUAGUGUUCAUGGUGGUAGCCUGCCCUAAGGCCUCGUAAACAUGUAAUGUUCAAAGGAGUAAAUUGCUCUAGGGGCCCCAGUCAAAUGUGCAGAGGGGUAGACUGAGAAGUUUGUGGAGGCUUAUCAAAGUGUUUCUCUAAUGGAUCUUUAAAUAUUUGCACUGUAUUUGUGUAAUAUUGAAUAGUGUACCGAUGCUCAUGCUAGUAUAUUCAAGAUUUAAUUAGCUGCCAAAUUGCUAGAUUUGUUUCACCUUGUAUUCUUAUGUAUAUUAAUGUUGUCUAUAAGGUUUUUAACUUUAUUUCGUAUUUUUAUUGUUUUUUUUUUUUUUUUUUAAGAUUCUUUGAUUUUUAUAUUACGAAUGAUAUCAAAACGUAAGAAUAACAAGAAGAAACUGGCAGUGACAAUAAGUUAAGUGAACAUUCCAAUGCUAUACUAGAGGGCAGUAUUGCACAUUGUGUUGGUGCUUUAGGUUUUCAAUGAAAAAUGGUCAAAUUUAUUUUAUUUGCCAACAAAAUUUUUUUAUUUUUUUAUUUUUUUUUAUUUUUAUGCUAAUGAACUUUAAUUGUAGAGUAUAUUUUCAUCUAAAUAUUAUGUAUAAGAAUGAUUGGUACUCAGUAAUUUGCAUAAAUUCCAAAGAUUUGUAAGUGGCCAACAGCAAAAUUGAUUGUUUUUUACAAUUAAUUGUUGGAUGUUUCCCGAUUUGUUUUGUUUAUUGUGCCUCUCUCCAUCAGGAUGGUCUUGAGGUUUUUGCAAUGCAUUGAAAAUCCCCUGACAAUGAUUAUGGAUGCUGCAAUCAAAUGAAUAUGAUAGUUUUGUUUUUGAAAAUUGUAAAUAUAAAUGUAAAUAAAAUGGAAAAAUGAAGCAUCAAGUUUAUUGCUACAUACAGUAUCCUGCACUAAAUUUGAUACUGAAUUUAACGGUCAAGUGCAUAAAGCUGGGUACUCAAUGUGCUCAACGGUUGUCAACUGGCGCAAUUUUACAAAGAAUGCAUCGCGACGACGAUCAGACUCCCACCGGCAAUCGACGGACAGCGUCACAUCGUCUAGCGCUCACAAGCGGAGUUGGAUUCGUUGUAAGACAGUCGUCCGACCAGCUUUAGGCAUGUAUUGGAAUGUCAGUUCUGUAGAACAUUAACUCUACUACGGUAGGCAAUAGCCAAUUUUAUAGUUGAUUCUAAACGUUUGAAAUGGAAACUUAGUUCACUUGUAUUUUCUUGUUCCUAAAAUUAUGGAAGUGUUAUUUCAUCUUCCAAGUAUGCGAAUAUGUUAUUUGUUGCAAAUUUGAUUGUAAUUAUGCGAAUUUCAUGGGUUACCACAUUUGCACAUCAUGAUGUAAAUAGUAUUUUAGAAUAAAAUCUGCCUUUUGCUAUAG